UUUUUCUUCGCUCUUGACCUUCCAAAAGACAUUACAGCAGCAACACAACAGGGGACAAAACAUCAUCAGCGCAGAGUGGCCGACUCACUCUAAUUUGAAGAGCGUUCUUAUACUGCAUAUAUUUUUUGUCUCGGACUUUUAUCUCUUCGUUUAAGCGCAAUGUCAGACUACGGUGGAGGUGAAGACCACGAUGAUGCUGGAUUUGACUAUGAACCACCCGAGUACGAGUAUAUUGAUAAUGAGCCGGAAGAUUUUGUUGAGCCGGAGCAGACAGAGCAUGCCGAAGGUUAUGCGAUAGUCAAUGGCGACGGCCAGCCUGUGCAGAAUGGCGAAGAGAACAUUGUUUCGGGGGACCCAAACGCGGGCGCAUCCAAAGGAAAGGUCAUGCUGCAGCAAAGAGAGAAAAAGGUGCCCAACGAUCAGCGGACGACAACUCCCUACAUGACCAAAUACGAGCGCGCCCGAGUAUUAGGCACACGAGCGCUACAAAUCAGCAUGAACGCCCCGAUCCUCGUUGACCUCGAGGGAGAAACGGAUCCUCUUCAAAUUGCUCUGAAGGAGCUUGCUCAGAAAAAAAUUCCGCUGAUUGUUAGGAGAUACCUCCCUGAUGGAUGGUAUGAGGACUGGACCUGCGAAGAGUUGCUUUAAGCGCGCAGCUUUACUUUUGCUUUCUAUUUUUAAAUAUGUCAGUGUUGAUUCUGUGUUUUGUUUAAUACCGUGAUGAUUUUCGCAUAGCGGGUGGAGUUUGGGUGUUCCUUUGGGUAUCGCGUUUACGCCCCUGUGAACCCUUUUCAAUGGGCAGGGGGGGGAAAUUGCUUGAAAAGUACAAGGCAAGCGGCUGGACGGUUGCCUUUAUAGUGUGGAUAUAGAUAUUUCAUAGAUCUGUAUAAUGGUUUUCGCUUCUUUCAUUCCCGAUAUAUCAGGGGGCUAUGGGCUUGGUUCAAAAUGCACGUAGGUAUUUCCCAUCCUCAGGUGCCAAAAUCAAUAUGCUCGUGCGAUUCUGAUACGAUGCGAAAUUGUAAUCAUCGAAUUGGUGAUACAAAGACCAUUAUUGAACAUUUAAAAAUAUUACUAUAACCCCUCGUCCUCUAACCUAACGAGGCUUUGGGAUAGGGAGGAUGCUAAGGCAGGUAAUUAGCCCUAACCCUAUCUCACCUCCAACCUCAUUCUCAGAAACCACC